AAAACUAAAAAACGUAUUGUGCGAACGUAUGAAUGAUAAAGAGAAAUAUAUUACCUAAUACUUCGAAUAAAAUUAUGUAAAUGAGAUAGACACGUGCUUGAACUUAUGGUUUAUCUAAAAACGAAUUCAAAACUGAUUAAAUAACAUUCAACGGACGUUCUGUUAGAAAUCUAACCUUGUUUUGUCAUUCACUGCAAAUUGCAAGUUCAACCAGUUGUGUUCCAUUAUUUAUUAGUUACUAUUAAACAGGAAAAAUGAGUGCCAAAGUGAAUAAUUUAGGCAAAAAACUAGUGGAACAGUUGAAAUCCAAGGAAUUCAGGAACUAUUUGAUGAGCACCCACUUUUGGGGCCCUAUUGCUAAUUGGGGAAUACCCUUGGCAGCUCUAGCUGAUUUUAAAAAAGAUCCUAAAUUCAUAAGUGGCAAAAUGACAUUAGCCUUAUGUUUAUAUUCGGCAAUGUUUAUGAGAUUUGCCUGGAAGGUACAGCCUCGUAACAUGCUUUUAUUUGCUUGCCAUUUUACAAAUGAGGGAGCACAACUAGUCCAACUUUCUAGAUUUCUCGACUGUACCUAUGGGUCAAAGGAAAAGGCAACAAAAGUUGCUGUUGAAACUGCGUGAGCUUGCAGACCUAAAGGAAUAAAUUGAGGGCAAUGGCUAGUUAUAGUAAGGCGCGAGAGUUCAUAAAUAAAUUACGUAGGUCAGCUCAAUACAUUGGAUUGAAUACACAAUAACUCAGGUACCAUUUAAAAUAAGUAAAACCAUGUGCCAUUGAGGCUGGAGAUAGUCAAACUCAAUACUUCCAGCUGUUGAGGUAUUAUAGUUGGUAUACUAUUGAGUUCAAUCAACCAUGAAUACAUGUAUACCUAAUUAAUUAACAUAACACUACUGAGUUCUGGGUAAUUAGGUACCUAAUACUAUUUCAUUUAAGACUGCCUGUUUUUAUGUUUAAAUACAUAUGGUUGCUUGAGCUCUUUGCCAUUAACUACUAGAACUCAAUUAAACUGGUUAGAAGGCAAGAGAACAUUGAUUUGUAAUGCAAAAUGUGAUAAUUAGCAAUCAAGUUCAACCAGUUCAUCAACAUGCAUAUCUAGGCAUUUUAAUUUGUCAUCGUUUCACAACAAUAUGAUUUCUUUACGUACGUUUACUUUCUCUUGAGUUUGCCAUUAAAUGCCAUUUAUUGUUAGCAUUCAACAGCCACAGUUAGACCACCAUAUCUUCUAAGUAUUUAAUUUUAUUUAAAUAAUUUCUGGCUUCUAGUCAGGAGGAUAUUUCUCAUGAGCGAGUGUGAGGUGUUUAUCCUUGACUUUUUACCCAUUAAAGAAUAAUACGUAGAAUAAUUUGAGGAGAAAAUCGACCAACAUUCUUAUUUGCUACUUCUAUGUUUCAAUUGUUCUCUUUUGUGUUGAAUACCAGGAAUCUUGUACUUUUUCAACAUAAUAGUGUAUACACUAGUUGUACAGUUGAAAAAAGCGUCUUAACAAUUUUCUAUCUUCUAUCUGAAAAAAUCCAAUUUUUUCGUAAUUAAUUUUAUAUUAUUACCUGUUUUUUAUUUGUAUUAUAUUACCCAUUUUGUCUAUUUUGCAGUUUGUUUUUCUCUAAUCCGUUUGAAUACAGGACUAUCAGGUAAAUUAACUUUUGUCCUAGUUUUUCGUUUGUUUUCCUAUGUGCCAUAUUUCAGACGACAUAUAAACUAUUUUUCGUUAAGUUUCGUUUGCUUUUCUUUAUUAGUAGUAAGAACGUUUCCAAGCUCCUAUAUUUAUGAAACAUGCUUUAGUAAUUAUUAGGAGCUGCAAAUAACUUGCUAGUGCUGUAUUGUUUCGUUGCUUGUUUUAAAAUGUUCUGCUUAUUUUGUAUAUUUUAAGCGAUCGAUAUAUCGAUUUUUUUUCUUUUGAUCUCCACCUUUAUAUUCUAUUGAAAACCCUACAUUUAAACCAUGAAAAAACCAUUCUAAAAAGCAGCAUGGAAACUGAAACACCCUAUAUAAAGCAGGAUAUAAAUUGCUCAUAUUAAUAAUUAAAAAUAGAUGAAUAUGUAAAGGUCACUUAACCCAUAAAUAAUUAGUUUCAACUGCAUGAGCUAAUAGUGAAAGGUAUUUAGUGAGCUUUAUAUGUUUAAACUAUAAAUUAACGCCUUACAAGCAUCAUACAGGCUCUAAAUGUUAGCUAAAUGUUCACCUGUAAUUAACGAAAUCAUUUACUUUACUUAGAUAAGGCAAGCCAUUGUUAUUAGUUUUUUAUUGAAUGAAUAGGUGGAAUUUUAUCCUCCAUUGACGUCAUGAUUUACACCUUUACAUUACCCACAAUAUUAUUAAUUGUUACUACUGAUGAUAUCUUAAGUCGGCUAAUUGAUAUUGAUUUAUUCAAAGAUAUUAUAUUGUUGUGAAAUGUAGCGGUUUUUCCUAAGAAAUAUUUAAUUUAAUUCGGAAGUUGAAACUUCUAAGCCGCAACUAGAUCGUAUUUUUGCUCAGAUAUUGCAACAAACUCUUUUCAAUUGACCAAUUAUUGUAAUGUACAUAAUAAUAGCUGAUAUUUUAACAAUCAGUUUUAAUACUCAAAGUGUGGUGGAAUCAACGGGUUGCUUUAUGUGCAUAAUGUUUAUUGUUUUUAUUAGUGUCUGAAUGGCUCAUAAAUAAUAUCUACCUACAUGUAUGAUUUAAAAAUAUACACUGGGUGAACUAGUCGCGCCUAUUAUUUAUAUGCAAAAAAUAAUGAAAAAGCCAUAAUUCAUGGCGUUUUCAGGUAUUUGUUCUUGUAUAUGUUUACUGUUUUGCUCUUAUAUAUUAUCUAUUUAUUCCCCGUCUGAUGAUUUUUAGAACAGAAUAAUAUUUUGUUAUGUUUAUUUUUACAUUACUUUAAGAUAACUUACACUCUGUGCAAUUGGCAACAAUAAUCUAAAACCAUUUGUUUUCAAUAAUUAUCGAAUAUCACGAGGGAAAUACUUUGCGAUGAUUUAAUAAUAAUAGAAUGUGUUAUGUUGUUAUGUAGUAAAUUUGAUUUACCAUUACAUUAUGCUAGUGAUGAGUUACGCUUACUUGCUUCUCUUAUGAUUUAGUUUUAUUGAAUUUAUUAAUAUUAUCGAUAUGAUAAAUUCUGCUCAAUCAUAGAGUGGAUUUUAAAACAGGUAGACAAAAUGUCUUUAGAAUUGUGCAUACAAUCAUAUACGACCACUUGCAUUUUUUAGGAAAAUAUUUUGAUGUGUACAUUAUAGCUAUUAUUGUUUUUAAAUAAAUUAUAUUUUAUUUAAA